AUGGAAGAAAUGCAAUCCACAGAUGACAGUUUUAAUUACGCUCGAUCAUUGUUAGUCAAGAAGGGGAAAGAGAUCAUGGAGUUGAAUGAAAAAAUCGAGAGGCAAGCUAUGCAGAUACUAGUGCAAGAGGAAGCGAACCAUAACAUCUCGAGACAGCUUCGUUGUUGGCGAUCGAAAGCAAUGUCUUUGGAGACUCAAAUUCUGGCAAUAAAAGCGCACUUGGAAGCGGAACAGACAAAUGAUGAUAACAAAGCUCUCCUUGAAGCUAUUGAGAGUUGCAAAAUUUCUGGUAACGUGAAUUUUGAAGAGACCAGUGGUGAUUCAGGAAUUACACCUGAUAUAUUCAUGCCGGAGAAUAAUACACAUCAAGGAGAUUCAACAAAGGUGACAAAUGAGCCGGUAGUAGGGGAUUCCGCGAAAGAAUUUGAAAGACCUGUUUGUGUACGUUUCGCUGACGAUACUAAAGACGCCGAGAGUAAAGACGUCGAGAGUAAACCUUUGAAAAAACAAGCGAAACAACGCGACUAUCCCGUUAUAUCCUACACUGAGAAUGAUACAUGAUGAUUCAAUUUCUCAAUUUCAAAUGUACUUUUUGCUUAGAAAUAGAAUUAUCGAAAUAAAGGGGAACAAUUAUGUGUAUAAGAUUCAGAUGUAUUUUUUAAGCAGUUUAAUAAGAAAUAUACAAGUUGCUUUUCACGUGUUCAA